AUGACUCUCGACCCUUGGCUGUUGGUGCUCGGCCAGGGUCUUGGCAUAACAACUGCAGCUCCACGCCAUCAAACAUCCCAUUUUGCUCUUGCACCCGCCGACUUCAAGUUCCCCCUGAGCCAAAGCAGUUGCCGAGACUGCAUCCAACGUAAUGAGAACUGCGAUCUGCUUGCACAGAGGAAGGCUCACGACAAAGGACCAACUAUCGUCAUCGUCUGCUGGAUUGUCACAGCAAUCAGCACUUGCUUCGUUGUCGGUCGUGUCUACGUGAGGGGGAAGAUAAUUGAGAAGUUCCAGAGCGAUGAUUGCCUGACUCACGGAUGUUCUCAGUUUUGCGGUUACAUCUCAACGGCAUUGUCUACGAUCGCAGUCACCUACGGCAAUGGAAGGCACAUGUCUCUCUUAUCGACCGAGCAGCAGCAGGGAGCUAUCCUCUGGACCACGGCAGCCUUCUGCCCUGGUAUAAUGUCCUUCGGUCUCCCUAAGCUAGCUGUCGUCUCUUUGCUAGUGCGGUUGAUGAACCCCGACAGAUAUCAUAAGUGGUUUCUAUGGUGGCUAGGAAUCUGGUGCCAGUUGACGCUAUUCGUCACAGCUGGUCUCCUCCUCGGGCGUUGCAUGCCAGCCAGGUCCUUGUGGGACUUUUCUGUUGAGGGCACUUGCUUUGAUGUCAGUAUUCUGGUGGCAUAUUGUAUUUAUGCGGGAUCCUUCUCAGCCUUCGUCGAUGUUUACCUCGCUGUGUAUCCGGCUGUCGUACUUUUCCGCCUUCAAAUGGCCACCAAGAAGAAGAUCGCGCUGUCGUGUGCGCUUGGCAUUGGUUCAAUUUCCGGAAUUGUUGCUAUUUACAAGACGACUCGUAUUCCAUCCCUUGGAAGCAAAAAUUUCUCGUACGACACCUCUGACCUGGUGAUCUGGACAGGCAGCACCAUAAUCAUUGCAAGCUCAAUACCCGUAAUGCAAACGCUUCUUGAGCUCAUACUCCGGCGCAAUCCCUUCAGCUCUGCCAGUGGCUCAAAGCAAACGCCGCAUUACUAUGAAGACUACGGCUCUCAGAGCAAGUCGAAAUCGCGGGGAGGAGUUGGUAUUGAGCUGGGCCAGCGCAAGACGAAAGCCAAGCCCAAGUAUGACCUCGGUCUUACCAUUGUCGAGGGCGAUGGCCAGGAGAACAUCCUUACACCAACGACCGACUCAAACCAUGGAAUAUCCGCUUCAUCGUGUGCCCCAACUCUCACUUCCAGACAAAGCGACUCAAGUCAGCAUCCCGCCGACGGAAAGAUCAUCCGGACCGACUUCGUGAGUGUGACCUAUGAGGAGCAAGGACCGGCCCGUAACACAUCGGCUUCGAGUCGGUGGAGAGCCGUCUAA